AUGUUCACCAAGGUGGUAUCUUUCCUGUGCGCCCUAGGCAUCGCGUCUGCUGUUCCCUGGCACGGGGCAUCGCUAGGAUACAAAGGAAUAGCAGUCACCGCUGCUCCCCCAUUGGCAUACAGCGCUGCACCCGCGCUGUCGUACAGUGCCGCUCCCGCAGUAGCAGCCGUUACGGCUGCUCCCGCCCUAGCGUACAGUGCCGCUCCUGCAGUCUCGUACAGCGCUGCCCCCGCAGUAGCAGUCACCGCUGCCCCCGCAUUGGCAUACAGCGCUGCCCCCGCAGUAGCAGCCGUUACGGCUGCUCCCGCCCUGGCGUACAGUGCCGCUCCCGCAGUCUCGUACAGCGCUGCCCCCGCAGUAGCAGUCACCGCUGCUCCCGCAUUGGCAUACAGUGCUGCUCCCGCCUACUCCAGCCACGUCUCACACGUCGCGCCCGUCUCAUCUAAGACCUAUGCAGCCGGUCCAGUGGUCAGCAAAACAGUUACUCCAGUUGUGACUGAGACUGUUUCAGCUCCAGUUCACCAAGUAUCUGCCUACCGUGCCGCCCCUGUAGUGUCUGCCUACCAUGCUGCCCCUGUAGUGUCUGCCUACCAAGCUGCCCCUGCCGUGGCAGCAGUUGCCGCUGGCCCGGUUAUCUCGGCUGUCCAAGUUGCACCCGUCGUUUCGGCUUUUGAUGCUGCACCGGUGGUAUCUUUCCUGUGCGCCCUAGGGAUCGCGUCUGCUGUUCCCUGGCACGGGGCAUCGCUAGGAUACAAAGCAGUAGCAGUCACCGCUGCUCCCCCAUUGGCAUACAGCGCUGCACCCGCGCUGUCGUACAGUGCUGCUUCCCGCAAGCUGCUCCCGCAGUCUCGUACAGGGUUGCUUCCCGCAGUAGCAGCCGUUACGGCUGCUCCCGCCCUGGCGUACAGUGCCGCUCCUGCAGUCUCGUACAGCGCUGCCCCCGCAGUAGCAGUCACCGCUGCUCCCGCAUUGGCCUACAGUGCUGCUCCCGCCUACUCCAGCCACGUCUCACACGUCGCGCCCGUCGCGUCUAAGACCUACGCGUCCGGUCCAGUGGUCAGCAAAACAGUUACUCCAGUUGUGACUGAGACUGUUUCAGCUCCAGUUCACCAAGUAUCUGCCUACCGUGCCGCCCCUGUAGUGUCUGCCUACCAUGCUGCCCCUGUAGUGUCUGCCUACCAAGCUGCCCCUGCCGUGGCAGCAGUUUCCGCUAGCCCGGUCAUCUCAGCCGUCCAAGUUGCACCCGUUGUUUCGGCUUUCGAUGCUGCACCGGUUGUUUCAGCCGUCCACCACGCUGAUGUUAUCUCAGCCGUACAUUCGUCGCCUGUUAUGUCGGCCUACCUCCCCGCAUGGAAAAAAUGAGCGUAUUGAUUUUGUUUUAAAUUAAUGA